AAAGUCAAAAUGGCGCUYUCUGAUCAUGAUUUACAAGCCAACGUACCUUCUAAGGCAGCCGCAAAACCACAACACCCAAAAUACACUGAAAUGGUAGAAGAAGCUUGUGGGAAAUUGAACGAACGAAAUGGCUCUUCUCGGCAAGCCAUCCUGAAAUACAUCCAAGCAAACUUUCCAGUUGGAGAGCAAGCCGAAAGCUACGUCAAAAUUGCAUUACGGAAAGGAGUUUUAUGUGAAAGAUUGAUUCAAACGAAAGGAAAAGGUGCGAGUGGUUCGUUUAAACUCUCCCCAACCGUAAAGAAAGAAGCUGAGAAAGCUAAGAAGAGCAAGGAAAAGGCAGCAAAGAAAGCCGCAAAAGAGCCAACAAAGAAAAAGUCUAAAGAAGAAAAGGAAAACCUAUCGCCAAACAGCGAAGACGAAGCAAAGCCUGUAAAAGCAAAGAAGUCGUCGGCAAAGACUAAAGAGGGUUCAGAGAAAAAGCGAAAAUCUUCUAAAGACACCAAAACUACUGCGAAAUCCAAAGACUCCAAAGCAAACUCCAAAUCGAAGGAUAGCACGAAAAAGAAAGAAACCAAAAAGUCGCCAAGAAAGGACACGAGUAAAAGCCCUAAAAAAGUUACCAAGUCGAAGAAGGAAAGCGAAACUAAAAAGGUGAAGAAGACUGCAAGUGGCAAGGCCGUCGCAGCCAAGAGUACAAAGCCAAAGAAAACUGCGGACGCAAAACCCAAAGCGAAGAAGGCCACAACACCUAAAACAAAGAAACCAAAGGCAAAGAAGGUCUGAACUGUUCAAUUUUGUAAAUAGGGUAUUAUUUUACACUUGAGGCUUUUUAACUGUUCUUGUUUUGUUCGGAGCAAARCAACUAAAGCAUUUGUAAAUAGAAGUAAAACGAGGAAUUUUUAAUUUUAAGUUUCAAUUGAAAUUCCUGAUGUACAUUUUCAAUUCAUUAGUUGAACUGAAUGUUACGGAAAACCAGCAUGGAAUGUAUAUACAGAAUAAGUGGCUUUUCUAUUAAAG